AGCUCCUUUAGCAGAUCGGCUAGCCGCUGCGACGCCGCUGUAUUCCGCCGCUACGCUCUGCCGCAUCGGGGACUUUCGACCCUUUUCACUUCCCCUGCCGAUAGAAGCGGGUUUUUAAUGUAGCUAACACAGCUAGCUUAGCGAGCUACCGCGGCUGUCAUGGAAGAUAAAUCCUUCACUAAAGAGUUAGACCAAUGGAUCGAACAGCUCAACGAGUGCAAGCAGCUAACGGAAAACCAGGUCCGGACGCUCUGUGAGAAGGCCAAGGAGAUCCUGACCAAGGAGUCCAAUGUUCAGGAGGUGCGAUGCCCGGUGACGGUGUGCGGCGAUGUCCACGGUCAGUUCCAUGACCUGAUGGAGCUGUUUAAGAUCGGAGGAAAGUCUCCUGACACCAACUACCUGUUCAUGGGGGACUAUGUUGACAGAGGCUACUACUCGGUGGAGACGGUCACGCUGCUCGUCACGUUAAAGGUUCGUUUCCAGGAGCGAAUCACCAUCCUUCGAGGGAACCACGAGUCACGGCAGAUCACACAGGUCUACGGCUUCUACGACGAGUGCCUGAGGAAGUACGGCAAUGCCAACGUGUGGAAGUACUUCACAGACCUGUUUGACUACCUGCCGCUCACUGCGCUGGUCGACGGACAGAUCUUCUGUCUCCACGGAGGUUUGUCUCCUUCCAUAGACACUCUGGAUCACAUACGAGCUCUGGACCGCCUGCAAGAAGUUCCACAUGAGGGCCCGAUGUGUGACCUGCUGUGGUCGGACCCCGAUGACCGCGGUGGGUGGGGAAUCUCUCCCCGAGGUGCAGGCUACACCUUCGGACAGGACAUCUCUGAAACCUUCAACCACGCCAACGGCCUCACUCUGGUGUCUCGCGCCCAUCAGCUGGUCAUGGAGGGCUACAACUGGGGCCAUGACAAGAAUGUGGUGACCAUCUUCAGUGCUCCAAACUACUGCUACCGCUGUGGAAACCAGGCGGCCAUCAUGGAACUGGACGACACUCUGAAAUAUUCUUUCCUUCAGUUUGACCCCGCCCCCCGCCGCGGAGAGCCCCAUGUGACCAGACGCACCCCCGACUACUUCCUGUGAAUGUCCGAAGCAUCCCCUCGAUCGUCCACGAAGCUCCACACACCCUGCCCCCUCCCCCUCCCAUUCAUUUUGGAUGGGAAGACCAUUAUAAUGAAUAGAGACAAACGAUUGGCUGAUGAAUCCAGAUUUGAAGAGGGGAAGGUCCCCCUACAGUCGUGUUUUCAGUAUGCUGUCUUUAAUGCUGUGCUGCAGAAACAUGUAAACUGAUCUGUUUUUCUUUCUUUUGUUUCUUACAUGUUUGAAAUCGAGAGAAUAAAACUACCAACGUGGACCAAAUGUGCCAUAAUUCUGCUCCUUUUACCACAUGUAACGCAGGCUUUUCUCUUCGUUCCACUUCUGUUUUUCUUAAGACUACAGCACUAAAACCCAACCUUCUGUCACAACCAACACCACACAUCUCAUGGCAUAUGUGCUUUUUUUUUCCUUUUGUUUAUUUUCCUGUUGCAAUAUAAUUUUAAAAGAUUUAAAAAAGUUUGCUUCUAGUAGUACAGCUGUAAGUUUUAGCUGUCCAGGCUGCAGCCGUUGGUCAUCUCAGCAAGUAUAUUACUGUAAUUUGAAUAAAGACAACAGACGUAUGAAAUAAAAUGUCCUAUUGAUGAACUACA